CCAUUAGAUUCACUGCACUUUCAAAACUCUGAUACUAUAUCUUAGCUGACCCACAUUUAUCUCGAUCGAAAUAUUCUCCAACCUUAUGACCUGGAAGAUAACAUAAUGGACGAGCCAAGGAAGUAUAUAUAUAUAUAUAUGAAUGGAUGGAUAGUUUUUCUUCAACUUGAAUGACAUCCUUCAUUCUAAGGUUGGAGAUCUACAUCCCAAACUAACUUGGAUACUUCGUGAUAAUUUGCAACAUACUUUUCAUGAUAUCUUUGCACCACAUCCUCCCCACACUGAUCUUUCCUCUUCAACUGAUCCAGCACGAGAGUGAUGAAAUCCAUACAACCUCCUCCCUUCGCCAGGUACGGAGCGGGCAUCUGCAGAGCGAGCGCAUCAUUGACGGCAUUAACUUUGUCGGAUUGGUGAUUGAACCUCGCCUGACCAAGAGGUAUCUUUGUAACGCGGGGGGAGCUGUAAAGAUUCCAAUCUUGGACACCGGUCAAAUUUGUCGGGGGGCCACAUCGCACUCUACCCUACUCUACCUUCUACUCACAGCCUCCAUUCCAACCAGAUUCUUCGUCCUUCUGACUUCCCACACUUUUUUCAGGCGCUGGGAAGAAGGCAUAAAUACCGUCUCAUGCCACCUCUCUCAAACCCCUUUAACUCACCAUCUUAAGAUACACCUCGCGCUGGUUCGCUUUUCAUCUUAUUCCUGGUGGCAGUGUUGUGCAUCACCCUUGCCUGCCGGUAUGGAAGGUAUCAGAGCUUCCCAGUAUUAUAGACGCGCUCAUGAUACGAUUGUGGUCGACCUUACGGUCGCUAUUGUCGAUCGGGGUACAGACGUGGAGCACUGGGGUCUCGUUCUUGGCGCCGGAGCGCUAAAUUCCGUCCGCGCAGGUGGGAUACAACACAUUUUAUCAUCUGCACAUUCCUACCAACAUAACCCGAUAAACUUAUCGUCGCAGUUUGGUUCGACGCCAAUGAGAAUGGCAACGGCAUGGCUGAUCCAGAUAUCGAAGCACAGAUGUACCCGACGGUGGGUACGUUGUGGUUGGGUCAUUGUUGUUAUCGGAGCCGCUGUCUCCAUGGUCGCGUUCCACGAUUGAUUACACCAUCGGCCGUUCGCGAAGGAUGAGUUACAUAGGCUGCAAGAU